AUGAGGAGAAAAUCAACUCUCAAUUAAAGCGCUAUUCCUGAAAUAGUUAACAUCCUUCAACUUCCACUAAAAGAGAGGAUGAGUUAAGAUAUUUAAAGAUUAUGUGAGUUAACAUAAAAUCUGCCUUUAUUUGAAUCUGUAAAAAAGAGUGGUUAGCUUGAUGCAAAUUAUUAAGUAUGCAGUGAGCUCAAUCACAAAACAUACAGAGAAAAUGAAGUUAUAUUAACAAUUGGUUAGCAUGCUCAGACUUUCUAAAUAAUCCUUACAGGUCAAGUGGGUGUCUAUGUUAGAUAAAAGCGCAAAGACCAAGUUUAAAAGGAAGAGUAGCUAUUUUUGGUAAAAACCUUAGGACAAGGUGACUGGUUUGGAGAAGUAGGAAUGGUUCAUAAUUAAGCGAGCUUAGUAAAUUAUGUAUGUCUUACAGAAACUCAAACUGCAACAUUAGACAAAAAAAGAUUUAAAAAUGUCCUUGACUAAUUCUUUUUAAUUCGCAUGACAUUUUAAUUAAAUUUUCUGAGAGAAAUUCCCUUAUUUUGGGGCUGGAGCGAAAACGACAUGAGAAUAUUAUAUUAAGUUUAUUCAAGAUAGAAGUUUAUUCAGGAAGAGCCUGUCUAUCUGUAAGGUGAUACAUCAUAAUAUAUUUACAUCGUUAAAGAAGGUUAAUUUAGGAUUUUUAAACAUUUUGAUGAGCUUCGUAUUAGAAAAUACUAUGAUCAAAGUUUUAAGCAGUAAUUGGACUAGGAUAAAUAUCACACAAAAGCAAUUAAAGAAUUCGAAGAGGAAAAGAAUCUUCAAGUUGGUACUAUAGAACGUAAUGAGAUGUUUGGAGAAGAAGAUAUACUGACAAAAAGGAAUAGAAAAUACUCUGUAGUUUGCGAAUCUGAUUAUGGAGAGCUAUUCGUUUUCACAAAAUCAGCAAUGAGUUGUUUAAUAAUGAAUUAAGAAAAAUCUAAAAAUUACAUCUUAGCAAGAUUUAAGAAUAAAUAAAAUUCUUACUCUAAAAGAUUAGAUAAUAUUUCUUAGUAUAUUUCAAGUGUUAAAAUUGAUGUUAUAGAAAAAAAUUAAGAUUAGUUACGAAUGACAGAGGAUUUUCUUUCAACAAGGGCAUCUAAAAUUAUUGACUAGCAAAGCAUGAUUUAAAGCAUGAAAACGCUAACAAAACUUAGUGAUUCCAAGUAUGGAACUAUGAGAAAUCAAAGUGGUAUCAAAAACAGUAUUAGAAUAGAUCUACCUUAAUUAAAUAAUAGCACUGCUUAAAAUUUGACUUUCUAUAGACAGCAUUCUAAUUAAGAAAAUUAAUUAUCUUCAAGCAGGACUAACAACUUAAAUAAUGAAGAUAAAAACAAUUUACUACUAAGCAGGACUUAAGUUAACUUCAAAUCCCUUAACAACUUAAAUUCAAAUGAUAGUCUUGUUAAUACUCAAUAUUAUUCUAGUUAAAGCUAACAAUAGAUAGCAGCUGCUGGAAAUUAUUCAGGUCUACAAAAAGGUCAAGCUGUUUAUGAAAAAAGGCGCAAAAAUUAUAUGCAAAAGUAUUACGAUUAGUUUAAAUUUAAUGUAGUUGAUAAAAAUUACUGCAACAAAAUUAUUGAUUAAUGCACAGAUAUUAAUAAAGAAUAUUCAAAUAAUAAAAUGUAUGCUAAAGGGGCUUUUAAUAAUAAAUUGGGACAGAGAGGUUUCCGUUGUUUGGGUAUUGAAGAAAUUAGAGAUACAAACUAAGAAUACGAAAGAGCAAAGCUUAAAAUCUAAGAAGAAUUUGAUCCAGAUUAUAAAAUUAAGAACUUGAAUCACUCAAAUAGUAUAAAAAAAUGA